UACAGCAAUGCGGGAUUCGGCAAGAUUGUAUAACAAGAGAAUGGAUGACAUUUAUCUGUGAAUAUCCUCAGCUGCAGUGAUUGGUGUGCAUCGGCCAAGUGAUAUAAGGUAUGGUCUUAGUUCUCUAGUUAUGUACUUGGUUUCAGUGAUUCAUGAUCGAAUACACCAACUUGCACUCUUGUCUGCGGGAGCUGAGAUGGACAAAGGCCUUUUCCGGGGCCAGACAGCUAGGGGAAGGAUAUCUUUGGAUCUAUUAUUCCAACAUCUCAACUCCGUCCAGGUGGCACAAAGUAAAAUUAUAUCAACGCAUCAUACCAUAUACAAUAUGCACAGCCGAUUUUCCACAUUCCAAACAUCGACACCCCGGAAUACUCGCCACUAAUACUCUCAGGGUUUGUUUCUCCCCCGAUACUCUACCUCCCCCCCCCCCCUUCUCUCUCUCCCCUUCUUUUUCGAUAAUGUACUUGAAGAAGCAGAAAAGCGACCUCGUAGAACACAUACGGAAGUAUAACCUACCCCAAUUCCAGCGACUCCCCCCAUGGUCUCCUACAUCCCGAGGAAGGAAGGAGAACGGACGUGAAGGCCAGGACAGCUUCGAAACUCCUGGGAGACAUACAUACAUACCCUUUUACUCGAAGCAACCGCCUUCCAAGCGCCCGGAAUGCUUCUAUAGGCACGGAGUUUCCGACACCUCAAGGCAAAUAAUUAAUCGUCGCGUUUAAGCGACGGUCCUCUGACUCCGUAAGUUCGAUGAUUGCAGGCAUGUCCCUGGUAUGAACAGGGACGUUUCGGUACUUGUGUGUACCAGCGUUUUGGUUCUCGAUACUUGACUACUGUAAGGGCAA